GUUUACAUUGACACAGCGAGAGUCACUACCUUGACAUUUGAAGCGCGUCAUCAAAACAGUAGUGUCCACAAAAAACUGACAGCUGGGUUAUUAUGACACUGAAAACUUACUGAAAAUGAAGGAAGUGUGUCUUCUCCUUCUUUUAGGUAUAUUUGGACAUGCCAAUGGAUUACAAAAUAAUUCCUGUCGGUACAGAACCCUUGCUCCGUCGCAAAAUCAAAGCAGUAUCACCCCCAUAUUGGAAAAGUAUGAGUCUGCUCUGUUGAUGAUUCUUGGUUUUGCUGGAUUCUCCAUUCUCCUGGCGAUAAUACACAACUCAAUCAGAAAAUAUAUCUACAAGGACGCCCACAACCUCGACACGGUGUUUGAUGCUGGUGGCAAAGUUACGCUUAGUCUGACGGCUGUUACAGUGACGUCACAACUACUAUGGCCGGCAGACUUUUUACAGAUUACUACAAUCACUAUUAAAAGCGGUUUAGGGGGAUGUCUAUUCUUCGUCCUGGGAAUUGUGGUCGAUAUUCUUCUGUUUCCAAUCUUGUCAGUUGAACUUAAAACUAAAGCUCCUGGUGCCAAGACAUUUUUACAGAUAGUCUACACAAGGUUUGGAAAACCAGCACACCUCGUCUUCUGUGGCAUCGCCUUGUUCGCCAAUCUCGUGACUAUUACUGCGCUUCUCGUGGCCGGAAAAUCAGCCAUUAGCGUUCUUACAAAAGACGCCACAGACGAGUUCAUAGCGUUCGUCUUAUCUGUUUUAUUUGGAUCCUACUGCUUCCUGGGUGGUCUGGGCACCACAUUUUACAUUUCGUAUUUCAACACCGCAAUCACGUUUGUAAGUCUGAUCGUCAUUGUUGUUAGUAUGUACUUUACUGGUAACAUCAAUGAGAAUAUGGCAAAGUAUGUCUCUACAGAUGCCAUGUAUGAGGCUAUGUCCUGCAUCAAAUCUAGGGACGGAAAUUACGAGGAUUCUCUGAUAACAUUUCGAACAAGGUCCGGUGCUAUUUACGGGCUAUCCCUAUUUUUCAUGGCUACAUCCCUGAGCUUUAUCGACCAAGCUAACUGGCAAAGUAGAAUAGCUGCCAAACCUGUGCAAGGUGUGAUUGGUUUCUUUAUAGCAGCAGUUAUGUUCUUCUGUCUCCCAGCAACCAUUGCUCUACCAGCUACCCUCACAUAUGCUUCUAUGGCGUAUGAGAACGGAACGCACCUAUUGUCCCAGAGCGAAAUAAUAAAUGGCUAUAUUACACCGUUUGUGAUGGAGAAAGUCAUGGGUUCCACGGGGGCCUAUCUCCUAAUUACCUCAAUAACAAUGGCCCUUAUGUCAACUGGAUCUGGAGAAAUCAUGGCGGUGUCGUCCAUCAUAGUAUACGACAUUUACAAGGUGUACAUAAACCCUUUCAGACGUUUGUUAACACCUACCACUUGCGUUCUGUGUGGACGACAGAAGGUUCGGGGAAAGUCCGAACUCUGUAAUUGCCCUCCUUCACUUAACUGCACAUCAUGUAUAAAGGACUUGGCCAAAAAGGAAUACACAAAAGACUAUGCUGUACAGUACACGUGUCCGCUGCACGGAGACUACCGCCAUUACGAAGACCUUCUGAUGCACUACAAAAGCUGGUGCAUCGUAUGGGUAACCGUUGCGGUUAUUCCAUUCGCACUAAUUAUAUACGCCAGCAAUAUCAACUUAACAUGGGUCAUAUUCUUCCUCCAAGGUGUACUUAGUCCGUGUGCACUUCCACUGUUACUAGCUAUUAUAUGGGCGCGUUGUACGUCUUCUGCAGUAAUUGUAGGGAGUUUGAUCGGACUUGUAGGAUAUUUGGCAGCCAAUUUCAUCGUCUCAGAAAUGGUGUACGAAGGAGGAAUCUCAAACUUCUUCAUCAACACUGUCCAAGAUUAUAGUUUGCUGGCUGGCUGUGUAGUUGGUAUAACACUUAGUAGCUUUGGUACUAUUGUGACGUCAUUACUGACUAACAAAAUAAAGUCAGAGGAGGAUGUUGCUAGGGAAUGGGAAAAAACGAUUUCCAUCGACAACCCACUGAACCCAUGGCAACGCUUAUACAAAGAAGAAUUCAAACAGUUUCCUCCAGGGACCAAACCAACAGCAGCCAUAAUGGCCAAAAUAUUUCGUUCUGCGCGAUUUGUGGCUAUCUUUGGAGGAUUUGGGUUCGUCUUCCUCUUUCUGGUGGUCAUCCCUGCUGUUGUGAUGUCAUUUGAUGUUUUGACACGUGAUCAAUUUUCUUCCUAUAUAACCUUUUGCUACGUUAUAUGUUUCAUGGGGGCCGUGUUUGUUGUAGUUGCACCUCCGGCGGAGGAAAUAUAUCAGAUCAUUAAAACUUGGAAAAGUUCUAGCGAAAAAGAAAAUUUGCAGAAAAUGCCCCCUGAAAUUGAGCAAAGUCGACUAUAAUAAAAGAAAACAUAGAGGUAUACCAUACUAAUGUAUAAGAAGUCCCCUUUUUGUGAAGAUAUUAAAUAAAUUCCAAAUGCAUAGAAUUUUACACGGUAGAUUAAUUAUGUACUGGUAAUAAACAAUUUUUACCAUA